AUGUCUGAUUCGACCGACGUUGAACAACAGGAAGAAAAGGGCGGUGGUGAAGCGGUCGCCGGUGACCUGGUGCCUGUCAUCAACUGGCAGACACUGCCACACAUCGAUCUCACGCAGUUUGUCUCCAGCAAAGCCAAUGCAGUUGAUGCGCUCUGCAAAGAACUGAACUCCGACCAUUCCCGUCGGACCUACAUCAGUCGGCUCAACAAGAUUGGCCGGAUGUUGCCGGAACCCAUGCCUGCCGAGAAGAUCCCAUGGCAUCUGAUGCGUUAUGAACAUGUGCUGGAGAUCAAGAACGCCCUGGACAAAGCCGGAGAUUCGCCAGCCACAAUCAACGGUACCCUCUCUGCGAUCCGCAAAGUCACUCAAGUGUGUGUGCGGCUGAAGCGCAUGGAACGUGAAGACAUGAUGGCGAUCCAUGACAUCAAAACGAUCAAGUAUCAGCGUUUGCCCAAGGGGAGGGAGAUCCGCGCCGGUGAGCUCGAGGCGCUGAUCAGGGUCUGUCGGGAAGAUAACAACGCCCCAGCCGGGUGGCGUGAUAUCGCCGUGAUCGGGUUUCUGGGUACUGACAAGUUAAAAUCUCCCGUGGGCCAAUCGCUGACCGAUAUCCUGCUUAGGGUGCUGUAA